AAAAAAAAAAGAGUCUCUGCUUAAAGAGAAUGAUCCCUUGGGGCUCUAUUAACCUCUCAUUUACUGAUUUGCUGUGGAUCAUAAAUUAAUACAAUGUGGAUGUGCUGAAGCCCGGGAAAGGGAGUUUAACUCCUAAAGAAUUUAAAGGAAACCUAUUACCAAGGGAUUCAUGUAGAUUUGAUAACAAAAUGGCAUCAUGGAAAGUAUAUUGAUUUGAUCUACAUUUUCUGCAUUUUAUUGAUAUGAUCUACCCAGUGUUUUAUCAAUUCAGUACCAUCUUCUAGGCUGGGGGAGGAACAGUUUGAAGGUGACGUGUGCCCAGCAUCACUGAUGGAAACAGAAGUAGCAAGGAUGUGUGCAGAAUUUUUCAACUAGCAUUAAACAGAAAAAGACAUGCAUAGGGCUGUCAGUGUAAACAAUCAAAUACCAUAAAUAAUCGAUAGACUGAAGUUGUGGUGAUGUCCCUUCAUACAUCCCUAGUUGAUUAAAAAGUUUCUGAGUUUUGAAGUUAGUUGCAAAAAUAAUAGCUAGCGGUUGAGGACAUCGUUAUUCUAAUGUAUUUUCAUUUAGGAUAUGUACAUUAAAUAUAGACCUUUUUACCUCUAAUCACUGACAAUACAGGAUUUAUAUUAGAAAAAUUCAAAUUUGGAAGUUUGAGGCUUUAGAAACAUGAGAAGGCCAAUGUAAUAAAAGUUAAGCUCUUACGUUAUACCCACGGCAGAAACUGCAAAGAUCUGCCUGUGUGGAAUAUUGGUCUUUUCUGAACUAAGGCCACAGAGUCACAAACCAGGAAAAAAUGAUGCCACUUUUUGUUGUCUGUUCUAUGGGAAUUGAGCAGGCUGGUUUUAAUGAUCACUACUGCUGACCUGAAAACAUUUGGAUGGAGAAGGUUAGCUUCUGUAAAUUAUUGAUACUCUUCUUACUACUAUUUGUAAUUUCCUUCAGAUUGGGGAUUACUUCUGCUUUGCAGAAAUUAUCUGCUCUGAGUCAUGCGUAAUUUAUAACAAUCUCUGGCAAAACGUCAGGAAAAAAGAUAUGUUUUUGUCUUAGACGGAUGUCAGAAACCGCAGCAGGACCCGCUGAAAAGGCUCCCCAGCUGGCAUGAAGCUCUGGGAGCCGUGAUUCAGACAGAGGGACAGCCUCUCGGGGCUUUCUUCUCCAGAGGAGUGUGCCACGGUUAAAAAGAAAAAAAAAAGAGAGAGAGAGAGAGCGCCAUAAGCAAAGCAGUUGCCAGUGAAAUAGGAGAGGAAGCGUGCUCAAGAGCGUGGGGCUGCUCCUGGACUCUCUGAGCUCAUCCCCAGGACAGCAGUGCUCCGUCAUGGAGUGAAAUGUCAGCUGGGGUCCUAGCAAUGCGAGUGGAAAUGGCCCAAGAGGUCCAUCUGAGUUCCCUCCAGGAAUUAGAACGCGAGGUGAUUCUCCAGGUCCUGUACCGAGACCAGAUGGUGCAAAACGUCGAGGAGGAAAGGAUACGGAAGCUGAAGACGAGUCUGCAGCAUCUGAGGUGGAGAGGCACGAAGGGUGUGAGCCGGGAGUACAGAGAGAAGUCCUGUGCCCGCUGCCAGCGGGCGCUGGGGCUCCUGCUCAACAGGGGCGCCGUGUGCCAAGGCUGCAGCCACCGCGUGUGCUCCGAGUGCCGAGUGUCCCUGAGGAGGACCCACGCCUGGAAGUGCACCGUGUGCUUCGAGGACAGAAAUGUCAAAAUAAAAACUGGAGACUGGUUCUUUGAAGAGCGAGCCAAGAAAUUUCCAACUGAAGGAAAACACGAGACAGCUGGAGCAAAGCUUUUGCAAUCUUAUCAGAAACUGAGCAGCAAAAUUUCUGUGGUUCCUCCGACUCCACCUCCUCUCAGUGAAAGCCGGUGCAGUGGCAGUCCUGGCCAGUUACAGGAACUUGGUCAGUUUAAAGGAUUUAAUAAGUCCGUGGAAAAUUUGUUUCUGUCUGUUACGACCCAUAUGAAAAAGCUCUCCAAGUCCCAGAAUGACAUGACCUCUGACAAGCAGCUCCUGGCCACGGGCCCCAGGCAGUGUGCUGGCCGGACAGAGCGGAGGAGCCAGUCUGACACUGCCAUCAACGUCACCUCCAGGAAGGCCAGCACACCAGAUAUUAUGAAACCUGUCAAUCAAGAGAGCCCCAAACACCCCACUAACCCUGUUUCGAAGCGAGAGGAUCCCUUAUCCAGCCCAACACCCACCACUUUAUUCUCAGGAGGCUUGAGACACGGAAGUUUAAUUAGCAUUAACAGCACUUGUACGGAGAUGGGCAAUUUUGACAAUGCUAAUGUCACUGGAGAAAUAGAAUUUGCCAUUCGUUAUAGCUUCAAAACCCAUUCUUUAGAAGUAUGCAUCAGGGCCUGUAAGAACCUUGCCUACGGAGAAGAAAAGAAGAAAAAGUGCAACCCGUACGUGAAGACCUACCUGCUGCCGGACAGAUCCUCCCAGGGAAAACGCAAGACCGGAGUCCACAGGAACACCCUGGACCCGACCUUUCAGGAGACCUUGAAGUACCAGGUGGAGCCUGCCCAGCUCGUGACCCGGCAGCUGCAGGUCUCCGUGUGGCACCUGGGCACGCUCACCCGGAGGGUGUUCCUGGGACAAGUGAUCAUUCCUCUGGCCACGUGGGACUUCAAAGAUAGCACGACACAGUCUUUCCACUGGUUUCCACUGCGGGCCAAGGCAGAGACAGACGAAGAUGGCGCUUCUCCAAAUAAUGGAGAACUUGCAGUCCGGGCCAAACUGGUCCUCCCCGCAGGGCCCAGGAGGCUCCAGGAGGCUCAGGAAGGGCCUGGAGACCAGCCAUCACCUAAUGGCCAGCUCUGUGUGGUGGUGCUGGGAGCCAGGAACUUGGCGGUGCGGUCGGACGGUGCCCUGAACUCAUUUGUUAAGGGCUGUCUCACUCUGCCGGACCGACAAAAACUGCGGCUGAGGUCCCCGGUCCUGAAGAAGCAAGCUUGUCCCCAGUGGAAGCACUCCUUUGUGUUCAACGGGGUGACCCCGUCCCAGCUGAGGCGGUCAAGCCUCGAGUUAACCGUGUGGGACCAGGCCGUCUUUGGUAUGAAUGACCGCCUCCUGGGAGGAGUCAGGCUCGGUUCCAGUAAGUCUGUUUCAGAGGAAGAGUCAGGUGGCGGUGCCGACUCGUGCUCACAGUCAAAGCUUCAGUGGCAGAAAGUUCUUUCCAGCCCCAAUUUAUGGACAGACAUGACUCUCGUCCUGCAAUGAAGUGAAGGUUCCAGUCUACAGUGGGUGUUUCAAGGGCUGCGUGCCUGAGGUUUAGCUGAAGAGCUGGGUGUGGACACAUGGCUGGAAAAGGCCGCCUGGAGUGUGAACACUCUCUGCCUGGGGCUGUCAUGUAGCUACAGCAUCCUUCCAUCUCCAUUGUGUAUUUGCUAAACAGAGGAAUUAGCGGUUAUAUAAAUGUCACAUUGGUUUUCUGCUUUGAGAUGUGGAAAAUGGCCAGGUUUCAUUAAAUGUUCAACAGCUA